AUGCUGCGCUCCGUUCGCUCCUUUGCAGUCCUCUCGUUCAUGUCACAAUGGGGUGGCACCACACAGCCCAAGACAUCCACGUCCACGUCUGCUGCGCCCUCGCCCGGCCCAGCGUCACCCACCGCCCCACUGUCGCCCUCGAAGCCGCCCACGCCUUCCCACUCGUUCGCAGAGUCGGCCACCGCGCUGAACGACUUCAACACCGAGCGAGCCUCGCCCAGCCCAGCCCAGGCGCAGCGCCAGCGCUCAGAUACCGGCCGUUCGUCGCGCCCCAUGUCGAUGAUACAGACGUACCAGCCGCCCAUGAUGGAGGUGGGCCAGGACACGCUGCCUGAGCUGCAGCGUAUCUUCACCUUCCUCAACAGCCACUCGAAUAAGCUGUACCAGGAGGGCUAUUUCCUCAAGUUCCACGACACAGACACCCGUGGCCGUCCCGCCCAAGACCGGAAAUGGCAGGAGUACUUUGUCCAACUCGUCGGCACCAUCAUGUCCCUGUGGGAUGCGAGCGAGCUGGACCAAGUUGGCGGCGAGCGUGAAGUCAUACCCACCUUCAUCAACCUCACCGAUGCUGCGAUUCACAUGAUCCCCUCCAUGACCCUAAAAGACGGCAAGAAGCUCGAACACAUCCUGAGCGUAUCCACGGCCGCAAGCAACAAGUACCUGCUCCACUUCGAUUCCUACCACGCUCUGACGCAAUGGACCGCUGCAAUCCGACUCUCCAUGUACGAGCACGCAACGCUGCAAGAGGCCUACACAGGAUCUUUGAUCGCCGGAAAGGGAAAGUCCCUGAACAACAUUCGCGCCAUUCUCGCUCGCGAGAGCGCAAAAUACGAAGAUUGGGUCCGGGUGCGUUUCGGCGCAGGCACUCCCUGGCGUCGUUGCUGGUGCGUAGUCAGUCCGCCGGACCAGAAGGAGUACGCCAAACUGCAAAAGGACAAGAAGAAGUCCAACGUUUACGAGAAGCAAACGGUCCUGAAGGGCGACAUGAAGUUCUAUGAGACGAAGAAGAUCACCAAGAAGACGAAGCCAAUCGCAACGGUCAAGGACGCAUAUGCGUGUUACGCCAUCUACCCUCAGUCGAAACCACUCAUUGAUUCGUCAACGUUGGUCAAGAUUGAAGGGAAAAUCACAGUACACUCCAAUCCGGAGACCGUCACCGAGGGAUUCGUUUUUGUUAUGCCGGAAACGCGACCCGCUGUCACAGGCUUUGAGAUCAUGCUGCAGUUUCUGUUCCCUGUGUUCGACACAUUCAACCUCUACGGACGACCGAAAAAGCUGAUUGCCGAUGUUCUGGACACUCGAGGCCUCAUGUUCGCGAUGCCAUCAGACAGACGGUACGGAUUUCUCGAGCUUUGGGAUGUCACUGGUUUGAUCAACACAGACGGCAGUAGCACCUGGUCUGAGAGGCAAUGGCGGAAGCAGCUGAAAGAUCUGACGUCCAUGCGUAUGAAUGCACAGCCCGAUCUCGAGCGUAACACCGGACCUGGGGGCCGCAGGAACACUAUUGGUCGUGCAGGCUUUACUCCCUCGACGCGCAACCUCAGAUUUCAGGACGGUGGCUCCAUUCGCUCGCAACCCUCUACUCGACAGCCUUCACCUACCAGAGACGUCAGUUUUGACCCACAAGGGCCCCGUCGUGUCGAUUCUGCGCCACCUGCAGGGCCCUUCGCGACUCCUCGCCAUCAACGGUCGGUAUCUGACACUGUACACAACCCUGACAAGAUACCUUCGCGACUGGCGCAACAGCAGAAUAUGGACGACAACGAUCGACCACCCACACCACCUCAACAUGGUGUUGUAUACAAUGGCAUUCCUCAGAAUGGAUCCACGCAGCAUCUGGAUGGUUCUGAUAGUGACGAAACUCCCGGCCACGAACCUCAGAAUCUGCCUGAGCUUCCCAUUGCAGCCUCUGCGCCCCCUGUGGGCCCAGUUGCCCAACCACCUUCUUUCGCCCACGCUUCGAACCAGAAGCCGCCUGUUCGACCUUCUGUACCCGGGUCCACCAUCAAGCCGAAUCCACAUGUCGAUUCUGCUACACUCACCCAGAUGGCUGAUGCGACAAACGCACCCUUGCAGGCAGGGAUUGCGGCAGCUGGUGCGGCGGCAGCCUGGAGAAGCCAGGAGAGCUUGCAUAGCAGAAGGAGUGGAGAGUAUGGCGCGGACCGUGGUCAGCAAAUGCAUCUGAAUGCGGCCCCACAGAGACCCGCGCCACGCGAGGAUCAUUCCCAGAGCAGGCUGCCCACGAUACCCGCAUCACCGUACGUUGAGCAUGCUGAAUUUGUGCAACCACCACAAGGGUACCAACCUGUAGCACCUCCUGUUCCAGAGCAUGGCGAGCCGUUGCCGUCUCAAAUGAGGCAGGAACUCCCCUAUCGCCCGCAUUCUGGUAGCAGCGACGGGCCAGUUACUCGUAAACCAGUCCCAGGUCGGUCUCCCUCCUUUUCGCAGCGCUCGACCACUAGCUCAAGUCUUGGUAGUUUACGACAGGAUGUAGUCGAUCCUGAAGCUCUUGACGCCCUAAACUACACAGAGAAUUCAUUGUUUAGGCAACAGAGCAAAUCGAGCAGUCGCUACGAUGAUGAUGCUAUAUCGACUUCGACUCCAGACUAUGCUAGCACACACAGCGAAGAGAUAGUGGUACGGAAGCUGCCUGCGAGAAGGGAAGAUCGGCCUCGCAGCGGUGUCUUGAGGACGAUUGGCGAUCCAAGUUUGUCAGCCCAGGCAGACACGUCUGCUGGAGCAUCACAUCCUACAUUGGACCCAAAAGUUCAACCGUCUGCUGAUGUGCCCUCGAUCGACUUUGGUCCAACGUACGCCCUAGGUUUCAACGACAAGCGCCCAGGGACGAGCGGUACCAUGACCCCUGGACACGUGAUGCAGGGCAACGAGUUCUCGCGUUCGAGAGAAAACCUUGCACCAUCGCCUAAUGAGAUGCCCAACAGGAACUCAUAUGUUUCGUCUGGAAGAACUACACCCAACACUGCGUUGCACAUGCGCAGUACUUCAGCAUCUCCCAACGACCUUGAGGCACGACAGGUUGCUUGGCAACCUGCUAUGGCAUCUACUCGGAGGUCAAGCACACACAAGCUCGAUGCGGAGGAAUGGGUGAUCCAACGCGCAGCUCAACAGUCCCCGGGUCUUAUGCAAAGUUACGCAAGGCAGACACCACCACCUAUGAACCGCACACGAUCUGGCGAUUGGGCUCAUUUGCAGCGGACUCCAGAAGGCCCUCCCUCACCUGCUGCACGACCAUCCAGUAGACUCACGCUUAAUAGGCCACCUUCACGAGGUGCAGAGUUGUUGCUUGAUUCAAAGCCCACCACGCUGUCUGCCCGCGAACAGGAGCAAGUUGCCCGUAUGACUGGCACGCCCCUGCUGGACAUGUCGAGCAGCUCCAACAAAAAACAUCAACAACAACCUUCGCAAGGCCUGACGGGUUACAUUGAUUUCCGCGAGAAGGAGAAAGCAGCAGCAAAGCAACAAAACCGCAACUCUACAGCUAUGCAAGCCGAGAUCGACAAACGAAUGAUGCAGCUGAACCAGCGACAAAUGCAGGAACAGCAACGUCAGGCGGAGGCUCGACAGCGCCAAAUGAUGGAAAUGCAGAACAUGAAUCAGCAAAUGGCUAUGGCGCAAAGCAUGUAUGCGCCGAGCAUGAUGGGUACCCCCCAAGGACUGGGUACACCCACAGGUAUGCCUGGCAUGGCUUACUCCACGCCUGGUCCAGCGCAGAUGUAUAAUCAGCAGGGGUACUACCCUCAGCAGCAAGCUAUGACGCCACAGAUGCAGAUGCCUGGCGGUUGGGUUCAGACACCUGCACAGUCAAUGCAGGGUCAGUACUUCCCUCAGCAACAGCAACAACAGCAACAACAGUAUAUGCAGCAAAACAUGCAGCAAAACCAACACUAUCCGCCAACGAGGCCCCAUGGCGGACAGCAACAGGGACAACGAAGAUAUUAG